AUGAACAUUAUCCUCUCAUGCAGGGCGUCUGAACUAGGCUCAGUGAAGUCGUUUUUUGGGGUGAAGCGACUGCUCGCGUCUGCUGUUGUGUGUGCCGCUGAAUCUACUGCUUAUUGUGUCACUCAAGUCGAAUCCGCCUUGAAGAACUGUGGAUGCCGUACCCAUGGGGGUGGUGGAAAUGCGGUGGAGUAUAACGUGGAGAUUGUGACCAUUGGUGUCGAUAACGUUGUGUUGGAGGAGCUCUUGUCGAACAGCGUGUCUCGCCAAGUUGUGUGUGCGUGCCUCUGUGGGGUAGCUUUGGUGGCGGCAUCGUUGGUGAUCUUUCUGGCCCAUUGUGAUGUUCGGCAGAGCGGGGUUGGCGUUACAGUGCGAUCGUUUAUGCAGGCCACAGGCUGUGGGGGCGUGUGUCCAUUCCCAGCGCCGCCGAGUACAACCAACUAG